UAGUAUUUGUACGCUCGCCCGAAACUUGACGCUCCUAAGUGCGCUUUCUACUCAGAUUUCGAUAUAGUUUCUUUCUUGAUUUCACCAGUUACAAUGGUAAAUCUCACCGUGUACGUACAUUUCGGAUCUGGCUGUAUCCUGGUGAGAUCGCAAGUAUGAGCGAAACGAUAGGCACUGGCAUCAGAUCAAGAAUACGGGGAUCAAAGAUGACAGCUGAACAGGUGUCAGCGGAUGGGGCCCGGCAGGUCUCUCCCACAGGAGCUAGCCCAUUACAGCAGGUGCCAUUAGGUCAGGAGCCAUUAGCAGGUUCAACCAGCGUAAAUGGAGUACCUGUAGACAAUCAGAUUACGUCGAAUAGUGAUCGGCAACCAUUACUUUCAGGAGAAUCUACAGGUGAGAGUAAGGAAUCUGUAGUAGAACCAGAGAAGGAGGAAACCUCACUGAUGAUAGGACUUCAGGUUGUCAUCCCCUUUCUAGUAGCUGGCUUUGGCAUGGUGGGAGCUGGCAUGGUGCUAGAUAUUGUACAGCAUUGGAAAGUCUUCAGGGAUGUAUCAGAGAUAUUCAUCCUUGUACCUUCUCUUCUGGGCUUGAAGGGGAACUUGGAGAUGACGCUAGCUUCAAGAAUGUCAACACAGGCGAACCUCGGCAACAUAGAGCUGCGCAGCGAGCUGUGGAAGAUGGCUUCCGGCAACAUGGCGAUCCUGCAGUGUCAGGCAACCGUCGUCGGCUUCCUGGCAUCGAUCGCCGCCAUCGUGAUGGGAUGGAUUCCCGACGGAAAGUUUGAGCUUCACGACGCGCUGCUGCUCUGUGCCGGAUCCCUGACAACGGCCGCCAUUGCCAGCGCCAUCCUCGGUGCUAUCAUGAUAUUCAUCGUCGUGUUGUCACGGCGAUGCAACAUCAACCCCGACAACGUGGCGACACCCAUCGCUGCGAGUCUAGGCGAUCUCAUCACGCUCUCUUUGCUCGCUAGCAUUUGCACGGGAAUCUACUCUGUGCAAGUUACACAGGUCUGGCUGGCACCUUUCAUAAUAGCACUGUUUCUGCUUCUGCUGCCUCUGUGGAUCUACAUUUCCCAUCGGAACAUCUACACAAAAGAUGUGUUGUAUAAUGGAUGGGUCCCAGUCAUAUCAGCCAUGGUGAUAAGUAGUGUAGGAGGCUUGAUACUGGAUGCCACUGUGGUAGUAUUCGAUGGUCUGGCCGUAUAUCAACCCGUCAUAAAUGGAGUUGGAGGCAACCUUGUCGCCGUGCAAGCGAGCAAGCUGUCAACGGCACUGCACAAGGUCAGCCAGCCAGGCGUCGUGCCAGUCGGCGUCUUCAGUGGCUGUCCGACGCCUCUCAGCACAUUCUGUGUUAACGACCUGAGUUCACGCACAGCACGUGUGCUGCUUCUGCUUGUUGUUCCGGGUCAGCUACUGUUCGUGUUCGUGAUCAACUACAUGAAGGCGGGACAUACGUCGCUGACACCGGCAUUCGUCAUACUCUACCUGACGGCUGCGUUGCUACAGGUUCUGAUUCUGCUCUACGUUGCCAACUGGAUGGUGCACUACAUGUGGCGCAAGAAGCUCGACCCGGACCACGCGGCCAUCCCGUAUCUGACCGCCAUCGGUGACCUGGUCGGCACAGCACUCCUGGCAGCCACCUUUUUCCUGCUAGCCACCUUCGGUAAAGAGUAACAGGAGGUGCUUCCACGCCCCUCACUCAUGGAGGACACGCAUGUUCGACAACUGUUGGUAGGUGGCGCUGUCGUGCCAACUCUGAGAUAUAACCUGCAGGGGACUCGCGAUCUCAACACCUAUCAGCAGGUGCUGCCAGAUGUCUGCUCAAUAACUAGUGGUAGGUGGCGCCCCCACACCUGCUCGACAGUUAGCCAAGCAAAACCCUGUUGUAAUCAGUCUUUCAGGCUAGCUGCGUCAGAAUUACGCUUACUACGGACGAUUACUACUAGUGGCCCAUUUCACCAUUACGAACCACCUGCUAUCCAUUAAUGGUGUGGCUGCUACGACCCAGCAAGCAAGUGGUGCAGUUAGAUGCCAUCUUACGUUGUAAGCGAUUAGAUUUCCGAAGCUGUGUAAACGGUGCUCCCUCUCUCACGUGCGUGCAUGCGUGCGUAAGUGCAUGCGUGCGUGUAUUCUGUAGCGUGUAUUGUGGUAUUGUGGUGUACAGGGCAUGCGAACAAUGUGCAAUUCCUGCUGUGAAGUCUGCCCAGAGAAUACAAGGUUUCCGAGUUACAGUCUGAUGAAAUGUGAUUUGCUGUGUUUAUAAGCUUAUAUACAUAUAUAAAGUUUGGAUUUGAAUGAUUUUUUUGUGCUGGGCUGCAGGUAUUUUUGUAACAUUUAAAAUGUAAAAUGCACAAAUAAUGUGCAGUUGCAAGUAUUGUGAGAUAGUAUAAAAGGUAUCGCAUCAUUAAUUGCCGUCAGGCUGCAGUUACAUACCAGCAUGGCGUUUUUCAAUCGGUGUUGGACUAUGGACCACCAGCAACAUGCACACCUGUACAUUAUCUAGAUUGCAAUACGUACAAUAUACAAUUGUAUAGAUACGUUCAUGCGAGUAAUUAUUAUAGAUCAAUAUCCUCGUGAAUUGUGAUCGUAUUUAUUUUCUACGUGGCAGCUUACCGAUCGGUAAUAACUUGAUCGGUAAGCAGCAUAUAUAAUAACUGCCAGGAUUGUGAACCACUGAUGUGGCUGGCUAGCGUAAAUAUGCAAAGGUUAGCAAACUUGGAAUUCCAUCUGUUACUGUGAAAUAACGAAUGCUAAGCAUCGUUGCAUAAAGUUGUACGUGGUCUUUAAAUAAUCCACCAGUUACAUGGGAGGGACAUUGUCGUGUGAUUUAUACACUAUAUAAAUUUCAUCUUUCCUGAUGCUUCACCCUCUAUUUUUAAUAUUGGGGAAAAUUAUACAAAUAUAUGUUUGUUUGCGUGCAUGUGUGCUUGUGAGCGUGGGUGCGUGAUUGUGUCCAUGCAUAUUUACGCGAUUGAUAGUUUGGUGAAACACUUUACAUCUUGGAUAGACGUUAUUUUGUUAACAAAAUCAUUUAUUCACUGAAAUUGAUAUGUGAACAUAUAUCAGAGUAAGAUCAGCUUUGAUCUAAUGAUGUUUUUUUAUUAGAGAUAUGAAAAUAUAAUAAAUUAUACCAUUUAUUACAGACAUUUCAAACCUGGCCUGUAUUGAUUUCUUGUUUAGCAUACGGUCUGCAUGGCAAGACCUGCCACAGCCUUUUAACUGUAAAAGAAUAUACUAUGGCCUAAACUCUGAACAAAUAUCUAGAUAGCUGGGAAAUCAUAGCGUUUCUGUCAGCAUAUUAUCCCUGCAGUAAGAAAAUAAUUACAACAACAAGUCCAUAUUGAUAUCGAGACUAGAUAAUAUUGCUCAGUAAAUUGCAUAAAUCACAUGUGAUUGCAAUAAAAAUUUAUUUACUUUUGUUAAAAAUCA